AUGCCGGCGGACGACCCGUUGUUGCCGGUGGCCCUCGAGGCCAGGCCCUUCAGCGGGCUUUGGUUCUCCUCCCGGGACGACGAGGAGCGGUUCUGCGAGCAGUACGCCAGCCGCCACUUCGCCCCGGUGGACUGCCCGCGCCACAGGUUCGUGCUGAUCGUGGUGCUGGCCUUCGCCUGGGGCCGCCUGCGUGACGACUACCUGGACUUCGGGCGCCUGUCGAGCGGGGGCGUCGCCGGGGCGGCCACCGUGGCCGCAUGUCUGCUCAUGCACCGGCUGUGGUCGGCGCUGGAAGUGGGGGCGCGACCGCGCCGCCGGACAAAGUUCAUCAUCGCCACCCGCCUGCUGCUGGGCAGCCUGCCCCUGGCGUUCCUGUCCACCGUGUGGUUCAGGAAGCCCGUCACGGACUCCAAAUCGUUGCUCCGGUUCCUGCUGCUCAACACCGGCGCGCUGGGCCUGCUGUUCCACAGCUUCGCGCACCCUCUGUUUGCAAGGCACCACUUGCUGGUACAGGUGCCCACGGUGGCCUACAUGGCGCUGCACGUCCCCCACCGCGCCUGCGUGGAGGGCAUUAUCACUGCGGACAGCGGGCCCUACAUUGUGGCGGUGUGGCGGUGGCUCAGCGCGUUCUGCACGGGCGCCGCCGUGGCCACGCCCACGCCCCCGGUAUACGACUGCUGCAGGGAUAUCGUGGUGGUCAUGUUGCUGGUGUACGGUCUCUGCUUGCCGUCGUACGUGCUGUGGGUGGCUGAGUACAGGGCCCGGACCAGGUUCAACCCCGCUUCGCCGCAGCUGACUUGGAGCACUGCCCUGGUGCACGUCAUGCUGUUCGUCACCGUCCUGUCGUGCUUUUGGAUCGUCAUGCAUGCGCCCUUGUUGGCCGAGGUGGAAGGAACCAUGCAGGUCGACGUCAGUGCAUUCGGUGGCGUGCCUGAGGGCAAUGAGGCAUUGGGGGCGGGGCGCCAGAGUUCACAGCACCUCAACCAGAUGUCGUCCGGAGGAUGCACAGAGGGCGUGUCAGAAAUAAUGGAGGGCAGGCGUGGGGGUGUGACUGAUGCUGCUGUGGGACUUCUGGGUGCCUGA